AUGAGGCUUCAUAAUUUCUACACAGGUGAUCACGUCGAUGUGGUCUGCACCUAUCUAUCUAUCUAUCUAUCUAUCUAUCUAUCUACUUUAAGUCCCCCCCCCCACCUCCAAUAUCGUCUUCUUUUCUUUUUCCUUAUUUUUUUCUCUUUUUCGACUAGCCGAGUCUGGUCCGGUCUUGUCUACUCUGUUGGUUACAUUUAUAAUAGAAUGUGGGACGAGUGGCGAGGUGGGUAUAUUAGUGGCGGCGGAAGGGAGCGGGUAUAUAGGUUAAGUAUCACCCAUUACUAUUUCUUCUUCUUCUUCUUCUUCUUCUUCUUCUUCUUCUAUUUUUAUUCACUUCCAUUCAUUUUUUCUUCUUUUUCAUUGUUUACUUUUCUUUCUUUUCAUUUUCUUCUCAUUACUUUUUUCUUCAGUUUCAUUAUUUACUAUUUUUUAAUAAUUAUUAUUAUUAUUAUUUCAUCUUUUUCUUCUUCAUUUCAUCCAUUAUUUAUCAUUAUUAUUUCUUCUUUUUCUUUUUCUUCAUCUACUUUUGUUCUAUUUUUAUUUAGCUUAAUUUACCAUUAUUAUUAUUAUUAUUAUUUCGUCUUCUUCUUCCUCCUCCUCCUCCUCCUCCUCUCUUUAUUAUUUACCCGCCUUUUUUAUUUUAUUUUCCUUCCAUCUACAUUUCGUUCAAUCAACGCCUCUGCAUUUAUUCUGUUUUUCAUUACCUUUUCUUCUUUUCUCUUUUAUUUCACCCUCCGAUUCAUCAUUCUUUUCCUCUUUCAUUUUCUUCCUUCCAUAUCUUUUUCUUACGCCCCUCUUCUUUCUACUCCUACUCUUCAUUUUCUUCAUUUUUCUUCUCUUUCAACUGCAACCCUAAUCGUAAUCUCUUUUUUUUUUUUAAAUUUUCUCCUUCUUCAUAUUUUUCUUUGCCUUUCCUUUCUCCGCUCUGUUUUUCCUUCUUUUUUUUUCCAAAAUUGCUUUUCAGUCUCCUCCAUUAUUUGUUUUUCUUUUUAG